UUGAACCACAAGUUUCUGAGUAGGUUGCAAGCUCAAUUUUUUGUAGGAACUGACACCAUUAAACUCUACUACGAAACUUAGCAAUUCAAUAUAAAUAAUUGAGUCCAACAAGACCAACCAGACCUAACUCUAACUUCCAAGUUUCACUCACCAGUUAGCCAUAAUCUUGUUAAACUUACAAGCAUCGCCCUGUAAGUGCAUAAAUAGUUAAAACAAAUAAUUAAUUAACUUUGCAGGUUUUAUGGGUUUUUUUAUACGGUCCAUGUUGGCAAAUAAGCAAUUUCGGGAACCUUUGGCGACUUUUCGCAAUUCACUCAAGCAAAUCGUGCUCCGCUCCUAUUCCGAUUUACAGUUAAGUGCAACACUUCCAGACAAUUCUAUAAUUCCCAUUAAAUUUACCCACGCAGGUAAUUUAAAAUUAAUAAGGCGUCGCUCGCUCAUUGUUUCCAUAAUGAAUUCUCAUAUCUCACUGGAACUGAAUAAGGACGUUUAUUAAUUGAGAAAUGCGAGUGUUCACCCAUACUCUAUUGAUCGUUUUAUGCGGGUUUGGGUCUGGAAAAUGUCAAUUUUUCCGCAAUAUGAUCGAUUUGGUGGAUCCUUUUCAUCUGCUGCAUUCGAGGCAGGAAGCAAGCACUCCAGCUCCUCCUUCCCUGGAACCUGUGGUCAAACCCGUUGAAGUGGAGAAGGCAAUUUUUCAGAUUUCUGGAAAGCUUCAGGCUUUAUUGGGCACUGACAAUAACCAAGUGAUCGAAAACUACCUGAUUUCGCCCAUAUGCGCGAUUAAUCUUCUGGGCCAGUUUCUGUUGGGAAAUCGAGGGAAUGCCAGCCAACAUCUGGAAAAUCUGCUCGGACUCUCACCAAAACCAAAAGUUGCCAAAAGAGAAGUGAAUGUUGUCGAACUAACCAGCGACCAUUUGUAUAACGAAAAAGUGUACCACCCAGUGUUUCAUUGGAGAGUUCGCAAACGUUCCAGUCAACUUUCCAGGCCGAACCCUCAUUACCAAGUCUCCAUUCGGAAUGCGCUGGUGUACCAAAGAAACUUCGAUUUAUCGGCGUACUGGAAGAGCAACGCAGCCGACUUUUAUAAAACCCUCCUAAUCACUUCUGAUAACACCAGCGCUCUGUUGGAGUGGAGAAACUUUGGAACAAGGACUAACCUGCUGAUCGAAAAUCUUCAAAACCAGGCUCUGCAGUUGAGUAGGUUCCAGAUAGAAACAAAGUUCAACGCGCAUUUCACUGAGGAAGAAACAGAGGACGUGUUUCGAGUCAGUCGCCAUGAAAGGAGCAGAGUCAAGUACAUGCAGGGCCUCAUCAGAAACACCCUCUUCAUGAACACUCCGGACUUUACUUUGACCGUCAUUCCUCUACAAGGCCAGGCCCUUCAUAUGUACAUCUUGCUUCCAAGAAACGAUAUUUAUAACAUCCACCAUUUCUCGGAGUCGAUUGAAGACUUCCAAACGUUUAAAGCCAUACAGGAGGAGCACAAAUACAACUUCCUAGACCUUAAAAUAAGGCUUCCGAACAUUUUUAAUUGCACCGAGGAGUUGGACGUUCUUAAGGGACUGCGGAGCCGAAGCGCAAAUCUUGAAGGGCCUUUUAACUUAAACAGAGUUGCACACGACCUGAAACUGACUCACGCAGUUCAGCAGCUCCAAAUAUCUAUUAGCAGCAAAGAUGCACAGGAAAAAAUGAGGCAAGAGGAAACUGCUGAAAAUCCUGUCCCGCUGGUCAAUCUGCAAGUAACUACUCCAUUUCUGUUCUUCAUUAUGCAGGAAAAACACAAAAUCGUCCUGCUGUGGGGGAGCAUUUCGGAUCCUUCCCAACUUGUUCAUCGAACCUUAAGGCCUUAGUUGUAGAAAUCCUGCUAGCUCUAAUGUGGGUUUAAGUCCAACAAAGAAAAUAGAUUUCAAAAAGACACCUCGGUAAACUAUGUGAAUCUAUACAUUGAAUUAAAUGAGUCAGAAUAUGAAACGGGCAUUAUCGAUGGAUUAUGGCCCGUCAAGUAUCAAGAUCAAAAACAACAAUACAUCAAUGAUCGAUUUAUUGCCCAGCAUUUCCAAGUCUAAUAAUUCAUCUCAGCGACUUAGUCAUGGAGCGCAAACACGGAAUGUUUUAUGUAUCGGAUAAUCGAGCUCUAUGAAAAACAGCAAAUCUAUCUGCAAAAUUUAAUUGUUUAUUAAAUAGUUCUGAACGUAGCCUGAAUAAUAUCUGGCAUGUUCGAUAUAUACCAUCUGACCUAGACACUUUCUUUCAAUGAGAUAAAGUUGGCUUGGAAUGGUUUCGAUCGUUAAUCAUUUGUUCCAGUUGGCCAAAAAAUCUGGAUUUUUUCUGGAUGAAAAUUUUCAUUAGUUUAGGUAAUUCCAGCAUUAGAGCUAAGUCGUACUGGAUAAAAACGCACAUAAAUUCUGUUAAAUAAAUUGAGGGAUUUAUUUUAGA